CUCAUCAACACUACUGCAUCACUAGAAGACUUCUUAGAGAUGUUUGAUGAGAUUGAGGAGGGCCGUGUGUCUCUUUUCAUUGACCUGGAAGGUUUUCAGCAUGGUCGCAAUGGAACACUGUCAACGAUUCAGUUUACAUUCGCUCACCAGCCUGACGUGACCUAUGUCGUUGACAUCCUUGUUCUUCGAGAGAGGGUAUUUGGAACAGUUGGCGAGCACAAGAAAUCCAUCCAAGUUAUUCUCGAAGAUCCAGAAAUUUACAAGGUUCUUUUCGAUGCUCGCCAAGAUAGCGCAGCUUUGUAUUGGGAAUGGGAUGUCAAGCUCGCUGGCAUCAUUGAUGUUCAAUUGAUGGAGCUCGCCGAUCGUGGUCGUCGUCGGAGAUAUCUCUCCAGCCUCGAAAAGUGCAUCAAGAAGUACGUCGAGCUCACUCCGGAGGAAUCUGAGGCCUGGUCCGCUACCAAGCACGCUUGUAGGAAGUACUCCGCGAACGAGUACGGCUUGGAAUGGUCUCUUCGCCCGAUGCCCGAAUAUAGGUUGGAUUGGAUCCUUCGCCCCAUGCCAGAGAUCUUGUUGAGAUACGCUGCCAAUGAUACUACGUUUAUGCCCGCUCUCUAUGAUGCACUGCAAUACAACUUGGAGGGUGCAGGU